CUCCCGCUUCCUUUCCUUCUCGCACCCCUCCUUCCUUCCUUCCUUCCUUCCGUCGGGAGCGAUGGAGCCGGGGCGCCAUGCGGCCGCGGCGCUGCUGGCGCUGCUGUGCGCUGGCUGCGCGCUGCGCUCCGGGCGCGCCCAGUACGAGCGCUACAGCUUCCGCAGCUUCCCUCGGGACGAGCUGAUGCCGCUCGAGUCGGCCUACCGGCACGCGCUGGACCAAUACAGCGGCGAGCACUGGGCGGAGAGCGUGGGCUAUCUGGAGAUCAGCCUGCGGCUGCACCGCCUGCUACGCGACAGCGAGGCCUUCUGCCACCGCAACUGCAGCGCGGCGCCGCAGCCCGAGCCCGCCGCCGGCCUCGCGCGCCACCCGGAGCUGCGCCUCUUCGGGGGCCUGCUGCGCCGCGCGCACUGCCUCAAGCGCUGCAAGCAGGGCCUGCCGGCCUUCCGCCAGUCGCAGCCCAGCCGCGAAGUGCUGGCCGACUUCCAGCGCCGAGAGCCCUACAAGUUCCUGCAGUUCGCCUACUUCAAGGCAAAUAAUCUUCCAAAAGCCAUUGCAGCUGCUCACACCUUUCUACUGAAGCAUCCUGAUGAUGAAAUGAUGAAGAGAAACAUGGCUUAUUAUAAGAGCCUGCCCGAUGCUGAGGACUACAUUAAAGACUUGGAAACCAAGUUGUAUGAGAGCCUGUUCAUCCGAGCCGUGCGGGGGUACAACGGUGAGAACUGGAGGACAUGCAUCACGGACAUGGAGCUGGCCCUUCCUGACUUCUUCAAGGCCUUUUAUGAGUGUCUUGCUGCCUGUGAGGGCUCCCGGGAGAUCAAGGACUUCAAGGAUUUCUAUCUUUCCAUAGCAGAUCAUUAUGUGGAAGUUCUGGAAUGCAAAAUACAGUGUGAAGAGAACCUCACCCCAGUCAUAGGAGGAUAUCCAGUCGAGAAAUUUGUGGCUACCAUGUAUCAUUAUUUGCAGUUUGCUUAUUAUAAAUCCAAGAUUGCUGGGUGCCACUCGCGUGAGCAGCGUAUACCUUGGCAGUUCGGUGACAAGCACGGGAAGUUACUAGGGUCAUUUGCAGCAGCGACAACUCUACCCUCCUGAUGAAAUGUCUGGGUCUGCUGGCAGGUGUCUGGCUAGCUUCCCCAAGGCUGCCCUUCAAACUCAGGGGCGGCUGGUCUUGGGGACUCAGGGAUGUCCUGGAGGAGUGCCAGGUGACCUUGUCUUCCACAGCCCCCCUUCCCCGCUGUGUCCAUCCUGUUCUUUGUUGGGUUCCCUCUGCUUCAGCAGCCACCUAACCCGCCUACCUUUUAAUCCCAUCUCAUCUCUCCAGGACACACUGAAAGCCUUGCCUGCUGAAGGUUAAAAAAGGGAAAAAAAGAAAAGAAAAAUAUUUUCCUUCUCUCCCUCUCUCUCUCUUUUUAGUUUUUAAAUUAAAAAUAUUUAAACUUUUGCCGUUAAUCAAGAUGGCUUCUUUGUUCCUGAAUAUUCUCUGAUACUGACAUUUAUACCAUGUUUUUCUGAGGAAGGUAACUGGCCUCUCUCAGCAGUGAACCUGAUCUUAGAGCGGCCUGAACCUCAUCUAAGGAUGCAAUGAAAUGUACUGAAAUGUCCCUUGGUUGGGACAUUUCUGAGAUCAAGAGGAGGUUGAGGUGUAUUUUUAACAGGUGUCCUUCCCAGAAGUCCCCUUUCAUGGAGGGAAGGAUGAGAUUUUAUUUGCUACUGUCACCCCAGCGUGAGCUGUCUGGUAAAGGAUUAUUUAACAUAGAGGACAAGAGUCUAGUUCUAUAUAAUGUGUGAACAUGCUUUCCUAUGAGGCAGCACUGAGCUCACAGCAUGAUGCCAGCAAAUAUUUAUUGACCACAUUCUGGUGUGGAGGGGACAGUUUUCCACUAGGCAGUGUCUUUGCUUAUGAGGAGCCCUCUUUUCUAAUAUAAAUAGCUGAUUUAAUGUAAGUGCUUUUUUUCAAAGAGGCUUAUAAGAGAAGCUUAUUGCAGUGAACCAAACAUCUCAGAGAUGUACAGAGAAACAUCAAAAGCAAACAACCCGGGCUUCCCUGGUGGCGCAGUGGUUGCGAGUCUGCUUGCCGAUGCAGGGGACGCGGGUU